AUGGGACUUCCAAAAGCAACUGCAACGCCGGCAGCGGAGGUUACAGUCAAUAUCUCUCUGGUUUUAGCAGCGUUUCGUUUAUAUUUGCCGAACCAACGAGAUAUCACAUUGCCCGUACAGACUGCAAAGUGGACACUAGGGCCUUCUUUACCAAUUGCAAGGCCAGAGCCAAUAGACAAAGGUAGAGCAAGUGACUUUAUCACGAGAGUUCGGGCACCAAGGAAUCCUUUCAUGAUGAAGCCGGCAAUGAUGACUUUGAUUUCAGAUAUACCAGAACCCGCAGCGUACGGAGCAAAUGCAUUGACGAGUUUUGCGGAGCAGAAAGCAAAAAGAAUCUAG